CAGCAAUCAAGGUUGAACUUUUCCGCUAGGAGCAAACUAUCAGGACUCAGUGCUCAAAGUCCACGAAGCUGUCAUUCCCUCGAUCGAACUCAUCAAGCAAGCCAAGUCUAAGUGGAGGCUGCGCCUAUUUGUAUACAUACCUUCUUACUCCUUCAGGAGUAUGCUGGCAUCUGUUGUUUGUUUCGCACAUCACUCCUUGGACCUCUCUCUAGCAUCAGCAUCAAGCUUGUUGACAAGAUGUUUAUCCGUGACACGCUCAAGAACAAACUUACUUUCCGGCGCAAGAGCGAGGGCUCUUCUUCCAUCGUCAAAUUACCUGCGGAUACAAAGCCUGUAAUCGAGUCCAACUCGCCGACCUUUGGCGAUGCAACGUCCCCUCCUUCAUCUUCAAAGGCUCACAAAUCUCGCCUUUUCUCCACUUUUACGCACAUCAGAAAGAUGUCUCUGGCUAGCGUCUUCAAGAAGAGACCUUCGGUCCAAAUACCACCCACGGUGUUACAUUGUACAACUUCUGCCGUUCCAGACUUAUCUAGACAUAUCCUGGCUGUUUCUGAGGAUGGUGUCUUACAUCCUGUGAUGCCCUCGCCAACUGAACAUUGGGAGGGCGGUGCAGAAUUCCAGCGCAUAUCUUCUGCUAUGGACAGAUCUUCAGAUCAGGACGAUAUAAAUCCCAGUCCUCCUGGUAGUCGCAUAGCAAAUCGCGUUACCAGUUUGCGAAUGAGAACUGCUGCAGUUUGGGCCAGCAUUCCGGCCACUGUGGAAGGACUACCAGAUUUAUCCACAUCUAGCGAAACGUCUACUCCAGUCAAAUCCCAUAUGACUUCCUUGGAGCACUGCGAGACCACAACUGUCGCGUCUGUAACGGUGGACAGCCCAUCGUUCUCAUCACCUGCUACCUCUGUCACGGCAGUGUCAGAUUGGGGUCCGCGAGACUCUUUGGCCAAUCUCAGCAUGACAGGUUAUAAACAGGAACGGGUACUUGUGAUGCCCAAGGUCUUACCUGGUUUGGAUGUUAUCUCCCUCGCCCAGCCAUCAGAGCUAGGAUUGGCAUGUACUAGACCUCCGUCUGAAUGUCGGAGGCCCAAUGGGGACAAACUUAACUAUACCCCCAAUACUCCUACAUCUGGUUGGGAGUUAUCCCCUGAGAUGCCAAGCAGCUCAUCAGGGCAGCAUGCAAGUUCACGAUCAGCUGGGCACCUGGACUCACCUUCUCCGAGCCCUCGAACGGCUCAUACUGUACCAAGCACUACUGGUUACCCCAAUACUGCCAAACGAUCCUUUCACUGGUUGCCAGUCGUGCAACUUUUCACGAAUUCGGAUGAAGACCUCCCAACGUCCAGCAUUCGAGGCUCUCUUACUACUCUGUUCCAGAGACCGCUCGCAACGGAGAUGCCCGUUCGCCCAUGGUCGUGCGCUAAGAUCGCGCGUGCUGAAACCAAGCGGGCGUCUCGUAAGAAACAAUUGAACAAGGAGGGCUUCUUUACCCGCGUAUCUCACUUGUUGGAGGCUGGUCCUCAAGACAGUAUUCCUGUCUCGUACAAAAGGUAGAAAUACUUAGAACUACAUCGGAACUUUCCUCUAUCACUGUUACCCGUGUUUUCAUUCUCGUCGUCUCAUUGUAUCAUUUUUCAUCGAUGCGCUCUGGAGCACAUCAUCGGUCUAGUUCAUAAUACAUCGCACACAUCCAUUCCUAUCCAUUGCAUAGUCACGUAGUCAUCAUCACGUUCUCUCGCUCUCGUUCUCGUUCUCGGAUUAUUCACUUUUUCGUUGCAAUUGACAUUAGGAGAAUAUCUAUCUAC